AUGGUUGGGCCCCUCAAGAAGGCCCCAGGUGGGCACACACACAUGCUCGUGGUGGUGGACAAGUUCACUAAGUGGAUCGAGGCGAAGCCCAUCACCAACAUCCGCUCCCAAGAGGCGGUCCAGUUCUUCCUCAACAUUGUCUACCGGUUCGGAAUUCCCAAUUGUAUCAUCAUAGAUAAGGGAACAAACUUCACUGGCAAGAAGUUCCUGGAUUUUUGUGAUGGCUACGUUAUCAAGGUUGGCCUUGGUCAGACACCGCGGACCAACGGCCAGGUCAACCGGGCCAACGGCAUGGUCUUCCAAGGACUCAGCCACGCAUCUUCGACUGGCUCAAGAAGCACACCGGCUGAUGGGUCACGAAGCUUCCAGCAGUCCUCUGGAGCGUGA